AUGAAGUCAGAAUUUGAUGGCUUAAGAGGUCGCUAUUUCCCAUUUACAGACCAAAUUUUGUCCUUCAGGACCGCAUUACAGGUAACCUUGAAGGUUUAUGGAAAGCAGCCCCCUCUCCCCCCAGCUCCAAACCCCAUUCGCAAAGGAUUUUUUGACCAGGGUAUGUUUGCUGGUUUUGCGUGGCAAAGGAGAUCUUCAACCAUUGGUAAGAAGAACAAUAGAAAGGAGUGAGCAGGACCAGUUCCCAACCUCACACCACUCCUUAUUGGGAAUUGCAACAGCGCAAGCACAGCAGUCAACAGAGGCUCUUCCCACGGCGCUGAGAACCAAUCAGUAG